AUGGAACGUACCACCACACACCAUUACUCCACGACAUUGUUGGGCGACCUAAUACUUCAGACCGCAUCACUGCCAACAGUAGACACCAGCCUUUACAGUUUGUCUUCCGAAGAAGCUGCGUUCUUUAAAGCGCAAAUCGGUAUCGAUGGUGACGAAGACUUGAAGAGGCAUAUCCUGGAGGUUGACUCCAUUUCAGUCGGUGUUGAUGCCAGAAAGGCUGCGGCGGAUGGUUUUCCUGCGGAAAAUGACAUUGCUUCGGAUAUCAUUGAUGUCAUCAACGAAUUCCUGAGCUUGACCAUCAUCAGUGAACUGGUGAAUGUAUGA